CCCAGAGAAUGUCCGUCUCGGGGAUGGGACAGGCGCAAGCCCUGGAGCCAGAUGGUGAGCGGGCAGAGGGUGAGUUAUGAUCUGAAGGAGCGGAUGUGCAUCGGCAGCAUGACCACUCUGGAGAGUGCAGUGUACCAGCGCGUCCCCACUGAUGAGGCCGAGGCCCAGAUGCUGGCGUCUGCUGACCUGGACGACAUGAAAAGCCACCGCUUUGAAGAUAACCCUGGUGUGAGGCGGCAUCUGGUGAAGAAACCAUCUAGGAGCCAGAGCACCAGAACCAGCAGGAAGAUGGUGUCAACCCCAUCUAUCAAGAAGAAGAAGAAGAAAAAGAAGCUGGACAGGAGGCCCCAUGAGGUGUUUGUGGAGCUGAACGAGCUGGUCGUAGAUAAGAACCAGGAGAUGCACUGGAAGGAGACAGCGCGCUGGAUCAAGUUUGAGGAGGACGUGGAGGAGGACACAGCACGGUGGGGGAAGCCUCACGUAGCCUCGCUAUCCUUCCGCAGCCUGCUGGAGCUCAGGAAGACCAUUGCUCACGGUGCUGUGCUGCUGGACCUGGAGCAAACCACCCUUCCUGGCAUCGCUCAUCUCGUGGUGGAGACCAUGAUUAUCUCCGACCAGAUCAAAGGGGAGGACAGAGCCAACGUGCUGCGUGCCCUUCUGCUCAAGCACAGCCACCCCAAUGAUGAGAAGGAGGGGUUCUUCCCCCGAAACCACUCCAGCUCCAGUAUGAAUUCGAUAGUGGGGAACCACCAUCACAACCACAACCACACGGCCGACACGUGCGUGCCCCUGAUGGGUGAGGAGCGCAUCGAGAUGCUGGACCCCAGAGCCCAGGACUCGGAGUGCAAAGAGAAAAAUCUGCAUCUCCACAGUUCCGAGGGGCACCGCGGCAAAUAUCUGAAAUUGAUGGAGAAGAUUCCUGAAGAUGCUGAGGCAUCCGUGGUCCUCGUGGGCUGUGUGCAGUUCCUUGAACAGCCCACUAUGGCUUUUGUCCGGCUGAAUGAGGCUGUCUUCCUGGAAUCUGUCCUAGAGGUCCCAAUUCCGGUCAGGUUCAUCUUUGUCCUGCUGGGACCCAGUCAGGCCAACGUCGAUUACCACGAAAUUGGACGGUCCAUUUCUACCCUCAUGUCUGACAAGCUCUUCCAUGAGGCUGCGUACAUGGCUGACGACCGCCAGGACCUCCUCAAUGCCAUCAACGAAUUCCUGGACUGCAGCAUUGUCAUCCCCCCAUCAGAAGUGGAGGGGAAAGACUUGCUCAGGUCUAUCGCUACCUUCCAGAAAGAGUUGCUGAGGAAGAGGAAGGAGAGGGAGCAGAAGAAGUCCAUGAAGGAAGGGGCUGUCCAGGAAGCUAAAGAGCUGUGUGAAGUGAAGGCUGAGGAGGAAGAGGAGGGGGACGCUGAGGACGACCCAUUGAGGCGAACCGGCAUUUGUUUUGGAGGUCUGGUUCAGGACAUAAAGCGCAGGUACCCCAAAUAUCUCAGUGACAUCAGAGACGCCUUGCACAGCCAGUGCCUUGCAGCCGUUCUCUUCAUCUACUUUGCUGCUCUCUCUCCUGCCAUCACCUUCGGGGGACUCCUAGGAGAGAAGACAGAGGGUCUCAUGGGGGUCUCGGAGCUGAUCAUCUCCACCUCAGUUCUGGGGAUCCUGUUCUCCCUGCUUGGAGCUCAGCCGCUCCUUGUCAUUGGUUUCUCGGGGCCCCUUCUGGUAUUUGAAGAAGCUUUUUUCAAGUUCUGCCAGAGCCAAGGCAUCGAGUACCUGACGGGCAGAGUGUGGAUUGGCCUGUGGCUCAUCGUCUUCAUCUUCAUCAUUGUGGCAGCUGAAGGCAGCUUCCUGGUGCGAUACAUCUCGCCCUUCACACAGGAGAUCUUUGCCUUCCUCAUCUCCCUCAUCUUCAUCUAUGAAACCUUCUAUAAACUCUACAAGGUCUUUGCAGAGCAUCCUUUGCUGAAGUUUUACCCGCCGAGUUUGCAGACUGGCUUGAAUGCCAGCGCACUCUCUCCUGAUGCCAUGUCUCUGGGAACCAGGAUGCAGCCCAAUACUGCCCUCCUCUCACUCAUCCUCAUGCUGGGCACCUUCUUCAUCGCUUUCUUUAUGCGCAAGUUCAAGAACAGCCGUUUCUUAGGAGGCAAGGCUCGACGGAUCAUUGGAGACUUUGGAAUCCCCAUCUCGAUCCUGGUCAUGGUCUUGGUGGAUUACACCAUCACAGACACGUACACACAGAAGCUGAAUGUUCCCUCUGGGCUCUCAGUCACGUCUCCCCAGAAGCGCGACUGGUUCAUUCACCCCCUGGGCAGCCGACAGGCCUUUCCCAUGUGGAUGAUGUUUGCCUCAGCCAUCCCUGCACUCCUGGUCUUCAUCCUCAUUUUCAUGGAGACCCAGAUCACCACCCUGAUUGUCAGUAAGAAGGAGAGGAAGCUCAUGAAAGGCUCCGGUUUCCAUCUGGACCUGCUGCUCAUUGGUACCAUGGGCGGGCUCUGUGCGCUGUUCGGGCUCCCUUGGCUGACUGCCGCCACCGUGCGCUCAGUCACCCACGUCAAUGCCCUGACGGUCAUGAGCAAGGCCAUCGCUCCGGGGGAGAAGCCGAAGAUUGAGGAGGUGAAGGAGCAGCGCGUGACAGGAGUUGCAAUCGCUGUCCUUGUCGGCUUGUCCAUUGUGAUGGGCAACAUGCUGCGCCGGAUCCCCCUGGCCGUGCUCUUCGGGAUCUUCCUUUACAUGGGGGUCACGUCUCUCACCGGCAUCCAGCUCUACGAGCGUCUCCUCCUCAUCUUCAUGCCGUCCAAGCACCACCCGGACCACGUCUACGUCGUCAAGGUGAAGACCUGGAGAAUGAACCUCUUCACCUGCAUUCAGCUGGCCUGCAUCGUGGUGCUCUGGGUGGUGAAGUCAACAGUGGCCUCGUUAGCUUUCCCCUUUGUCCUGAUUAUGACGGUGCCCUUACGACGCUUCCUGCUGCCCCGCUUCUUUCAGGACCGGGAGCUCAAAGCCCUGGACUCGGAGGACGCGGAGCCGAACUUUGACGAGGACGGCCGGGACGAGUACAACGAGAUGCACAUGCCUGUGUGAGCGGCUGCUCCGCCCCCCACCCUGUGGAAAGCUGCUCGUUCCCACGCGUUCUCCCUGGCUAAGGCCCAAUC